GUUUCCUUCUGUCCCGCUUGGCUGACCCGGGGCGAAGGUCUCGGUGGGGGAAACUGAGGCACGAGCGGGUGCCACCCGCAGCUCUCUCUGUGCAGCACCCGCUCAGCACCGCACGAUGAAGGCUCUUCUCCUCCUCCUCGCCCAGCUCUGCUCGGCAUCGCUGGUCCCCGAGAGGGAGAAGGACCCCGAGUACUGGCGGCGGCAGGCGCAGGAGACCCUGCGGAACGCGCUGAGGCUGCAGCGCCUCAACCAGAACGUGGCCAAGAACCUCAUCCUCUUCCUGGGGGACGGUGAGAUGGGGGCACCCACCCUGGGCUGGGGGGGACAGGGAUGCCAUGAACUGGGUGCAUUGUGGUUUUUCCAUCUCCCACCCCUCCAGACCUACAACACCAAUGCCCAGGUGCCCGACAGCGCUGGCACGGCCACUGCCUACCUGUGCGGUGUCAAAGCCAACGAGGGCACCCUGGGGGUCAGUGCCGGCGUCACCCGCGACCGCUGCAACACCACCAAGGGCCAGGAGGUGACCUCCAUCCUCCGCUGGGCCAAGGACGCAGGGAAGGCCGUGGGGAUCGUCACCACCACGCGCGUGACCCACGCGACGCCCAGCGCCGCCUACGCCCACUCUGCCAACCGCGACUGGUACUCGGACGGGGAGAUGCCCCCGGACGCCCUGGAGGGCGGCUGCAGGGACAUCGCCCGGCAGCUGGUGGAGAACAUUCCCGACAUCGAGGUGAUCAUGGGCGGAGGGAGGAAAUACAUGUUCCCCAAAAACGCCAGUGACGUGGAGUAUCCCCGCGAGGAGAAGCACCGGGGCACCCGCCUGGACCGCAGGAACCUCGUCCAGGCGUGGCAGGAGGCCAAACCCCCCGGCAAGGUUGCCAAGUACGUGUGGAACCGGCGGGAGCUGCUGGCGCUCAACCUCAGCCGUGUCGACUUCCUCCUGGGCCUCUUCGAGCCCGGGGACAUGGUGUACGAGCUGGACAGGAACAACGAGACGGAUCCUUCCCUCAGCGAGAUGGUGGCCGUGGCCAUCAGGAUGCUCCAGAAAAACCCCCGUGGCUUCUUCCUCCUGGUUGAAGGUGGGGGGUGA